AGGAAAACUAGAAUUUUUAAAGAUAUAAACGAUAACUACAAUUUUAUCAAAUAAUGUACUUUUAUUGUUUACGGAAAUGCUACACUAUGCUUUUCUUGAAAGCUGAAUAGGGAAUAAUUUAACGUUCAUGUAGAAAUUUUACAUAAACUAUGGGUCAAAUUGAAUGGGCGAUGUGGGCUAAUGAACAGGCUAUUGCCAGUUGUUUUGGUAGGCUAGUUAAUUUGACUGAAUCUAGCUUUUUAAGUACGGGAGGCCUAAUUACUAAUAAAACUUAAUAAUUAUAUUAUUAUUAAUUAUUAAUUUAUUAAUUAUAAUUUACUUGCACAGUGGGCUGUGAGCUUAAAAUUAAAAGUAAGUUCAAGUGUAAGCGGUAUCUAGCGAAACGUUCACAUCUUAUUGUCCUGUCUUUUGAUUCAAGCUUUAACAUACCUUGUUCUACUCUUUCAUUAAAAGGAUCUAACUUCUUUGGCACUCUUUGGUGGUCAAAGGUUGAAAUAGCUGAGUCUCAACAUUAUGUCAUGUUAAGCAGCAGAUGGGCUUAAUAAUUCAUGAGGAAACUGUCUAAUUUUGUCAACAAUGUAGUUACAUUACAUGUAAUUGGAAUGGAGGAUAGCAACUACGGUCAUAACAUUUACAUUUAGAGCACCGCUGUAACAAUACAUAUCAUUCAACUAUAUUUAAGUUGCCUAUGCCUAUACUAUAUGCUUGCACAUCAUUGUUGCUUAAAGAGCAACUGCUUCACCAGCAUAAAAACCCUACUGGGUAUCUGGAAAUUUUUUUGAAAGAAAUUUUGAGGACGGAAAGUUGAUUGACGGAAGUUUGUUUGAACGGAUCAGAAUUUGCAUCAAAUUUCUUUUUGAAUGCAUUAUUUUGUUUUACUAUAUAGUAUAGUGCGUUCAAAAAGAAAUUUGACGAAAAUUUGAUCGUGUGAACCGGAAAAAAAAUCGACCUAACUUCCGUUCGAUCAAACCUCAGUCGAUCAAUUUUCUGUCGACAAAAUUUCUCUCAAACAAAUUCCGGUAACCCUUCACCAGUGCAAGGUGGCAGCACAGGAGUUUUGUCCCUUUUUUGUACCGGUACCUCCAACAUUCCAGGAACUGCACCAACUUUGAUAUCUGAUAGCCAAAGAUAGCUGUGUGAUGUUCCUUUCAAUGCACAAUGAUUGUCAAAAUACAGUCAGUUUACUGCAAAAGGUUAACUAAUGUGCAGAAACAACAGUGAAUUAAUUACAAAUUUAAAGUUUAAGUUAAGUAUGUAUUCACAGGACCAUAAAUUGAGACUUCAUACAAUGCAAUAAAUAAUUAUUUUGUUAAUAGUUUCAGCUCUUGGAGGAAUUUUGGCAGUUGUUGGGCAGUUCAAAUUGUGGGGCAUUGGAGUUUACGCAAUGUAUCCUUACUAAAGUACAGUAAUUUAUAUUUGCUUAAUUUUCUUUGAAAUUUGUGUUAGUAAUAAUUACGACAAAAUAGUAUAGUAAAAUACUUUUUAUUUAAUGAAAAAUUAUUUGUGAUUUUUAUAAUGUAAACAAGUCAAAUAGUUAAUAAAAACAGAUUGUAAAACAAUGAGAACAUUUUAUUUUUAGCAUAUGAAUUACAUGGUGUUUCAGAUUGUUACCAGAUCUUCUCCCCUGCACCUCCCACUAUCUACCACUAGAUGAAAAGAUUGUACAGCUUUAAUCCCUUUAUGGAAAAACGUACUUCUGUUAAUUUGCAGUUUAUUUUAAACAAACAAAAAAGAUUUGUAGGUUUUUAGCUAUUUAUUAAAUGUUCGAAUCCCUGGUGCUAUACAGUAUUACUCUCUGGCUCAAAAUCUUUCUUCGAAGUCUUCCUUAACAUUAUUACAGAGUGAUAGCUGUUGUUACAUUAAUUUUGGAGUACCCUAGAGGAAAAAGACAAAAGGGUACAUCACACCCAAGGAAGUAAGUGUCAAUAUAGGUAGCAGGUGUUCAAAGUUAUAAUUUCCUUUAAAACAAUGCAAAUGAACUUAUUUUACUGUUCAUUAUCCUUUUCUUUGAAGAUUAAAUUUGAUUAUUUAGCAACCAUAGUUGUAAUUAAAUGAUCUAUCUUCUGCAAUUUAUUGGGGUUUCUGUCUUCUAAAUUAGUUGUGAUUAUAACAAAAUUAUAUUUUUUUUAUUAACAUUAGUGUCUUAUCAUCACAUCCUGAAUAGGGUUAAAAAAACUGCUAAAAAGGCUCUCAAAUUUAAUAUGUAUUUGAUUCAAAGCACUCUUUAAGGGCCUCUGCUGUAGAGAACUAUGAAAUUUAAAAAAAAAUUAUUUUAUUUUGCUUUGCACAACAAGUAGAUAGGCAAGCUCUCACAUCAAUAAUUCCUGUGUACUUAAAGUUGACUUCCAAGUUCUUUGAGCUAAGUUUUUCCAUUAUGUCCAACUUUGACUGCUGAUGAAGAUAUGUAACACUGCACCGCAUAAUGAUAAUAUUCACAUUUGUAAUGAUGACUGAACAUAGUUCAUGAUACAUCUAUUCCUCUUUAGAAAAUAACAAGUGAAGUCACUCAUACAUUCUAUCUCUCUUUACUAGGCAUGAGACAAGAUCUUGCUUCUGGUUAUUCGUUCCAUUACAAUAUGGCUACUUAAGCAGUUCCUCCCUCUCUAUACUAUAAAUAUAUGUAUGUAUCACUACACCUACAGGCAAUAGUGCUUUCCACUCAGCUGCAAAUGAACAUUAAAUAUCAUCACAUUACGGAAACUUUAUUUAGUUUGUUAUCUUUGAGGCUUUCCUCUACUCUGUUACGUUAUAUUUCAUGUCACAUCACUAGCUGAGAAUGAAAGAUAAUUAUAAAAACAUAAUUAUGUAACACCAACAAAUUUUCCAGUAUUAUUGAUCAUAAUUGAUGCAUAAAAAAAGUUUAAUGUUUAGAUUUCAGCACCCCCUCACAAGUGUUGUGAGUCAAGGAAGGCUACUCACCAGAAAUUAUUUUGUCAGAUUUGUCCUUUAUUUAAGGUGACUACAAAAUUAUCUAUUUUAAUUAUUAAAUAAGGCUACUCACCAGCAAUUAUUUUGACAGAUUUGUUCUUUAUUUAAGGUGAUUAUAAAAGUUUAUAUUUUAAUUACUCAAUAAAUUAAUAUGUUAAAAUAAGCAUUUGAAUGUAAUAUAAUCAGUUCUUCUUCUUCUUCUUCUAUAUCUUAAGGGCCCACGAUCAAUUUAUUGAUCAUUUUGGCUCCUAUGCAUGUAGAUGGGAUUUGCAAUGUUUCUGUUACUGGUGGUGAUGAGGAAAUUAUGCACUAGGGGUUUGAAGGCUUGAGGCAUCCUGAUUGUCUUGGGCAGGAAUGAGCAGCUCCUAUACUGGCUUCUUGCUGGUAUGAGCCUGAAUUGCCUGUCAUGGCCUCGUCGCUGUCUAUGGGGGAGAGGGACGAGUUUCUGUUUAAUACUGGAACAGUGAAUGACAUAAAUUACAAAUUACAAUUAGAUGAAGAUCACUUUUGUUAAUUUCUUCCAUUUUCCUUUUAAAUCAGUGUAGCAUAAUAAAUAAUGAAAUAUAUAUAACACAUUGAGCAUUACAUAACGAUAACAUUUUAAAAAACAUAUAUCUUCUAUAGCAUCAGUGUCCCUUGCUGUUUUAUGCUGCCAACAGUUCUUGGUGCUUUAUGCUAUAUGAUCACAAGCAUAAUAUACCUUGUGGUAUGUGUGGAAACAUUUUAAAAUACAUUUCUUACAAGAACUAAAGUUUUAAUGUAUUUGUUGUUGUAUACAUUCUUUAGAGUACCAGUAAUCAUGAUGCCCUUUGUGUGGUUCUCCUACCCUUUUAACUGAUUGUGUUUUAUAAAUAUUUAAAAUGUUAAAUUGAAUCAUUUGCUUUCAUUGAUUCAUUCUAUUGCUCCAUCAUCCAUGGCCCCAGAUUCCAGAUUGCUGAAGAUUUUAAACUGAAUUCUUAAUAUAAUUUCAUUGACCAACUGUUGCAAUUUUUUCAUAAGGCUGGUAUCAGAGGUGAAGAAUGGCUACCAAUUAUUCCUAACAAGGAAGAAGUUGGACCAAGGGUUAUUGAACAGCCUACAAGACCACCACCAAGACGACCGGACACUUCACAAUCAGGAAGCACAAUAAUUUCAGAAAGCAACAGAAAUAGAAUAUAACUGUCCCAAAUUUUCACAUUUUGUCAUUUGUACAUUAAAUUCAAAACGUUUGUUAUUUUUAAAUUGAAAUCAUAUUUCAGAAUGCACUUGUUGGAUAUGACCAAUAAUGUGAAAUUACUCUCUAAAAAGAUUUAUAGCAAAAAAGAAAUAUAUUUUAUUUUCAACUGUAGUUUUACCAUACGGGUACAAUGUAAUCAUGCAUAAAUUAAAUAAAUUUUUCUCCUAGUUCAGAAACAUUUGUUAGAUUUAAAUAUAUUGUGUUUUGAAGUUGUGGCUUUCUGGAUUUUGAUCAAAGAAUUUUAAAAAUAAAUUGCAAAACCAAUUUUUAUCUGAAAUUUUUCAUCUGUUUAUAAAGUUGAAUUUUAUCAAGUUUAACACUGAGAUGGUUUACGUAAUGUGUUUUCACUUAUUUUAAGCAUUUAGAUUUUUGGCCUUUGGCUCGACCAAGCAAGUAUCAGUUACUAGCUUUAUAGCCGUAUAAAAAUUAAUUAUUUCACAGGUUGGGGAGAACUUUUGAGAUUAGCUGGCUCUGGACUCUAUCCCAUCUAAUCAUGGAGAAUACUAUCAUCAAACACUGCCCACUCGCUAUCUAUUGUGUGUGGAAAUGCAUGGCAUGAGGAACUAGUUAAAGCCAUGUAAAUUUUUGUUUGCAUCUCUGGCAAUCAGUGUAUCUUUUUGAUGUCAUUAAUACAAAAAAUCUAUGUGCAAUAAUCUGCUAACUAGACAACACAGUAAACAACAGAUUUUCUUUGUUCAAAAUUGUUUUUAAAAACUUUUGAAUACAACUCACUUUUAAUUAAAAAUUCCUUGAUUUAGCUUGUAUUUAUUAAUUUUAAUUUUUGUCACCCGCAUCAUCACUAUUAAUGAAUUCCAUUUUGUUAGCUUCUUGAUUGCUUUUCAAUGUUCAUUAAUACAAUAUUGUACUAUAUUUAUGUCAUUCUUAAAGAAAAUAUAAGAAAUUUUAUGGAGAUUAAGCAUAUAAAAAUGUUCCUUACAUUUAUUAUAUCCCCCUUCAUUUUUUGUGUCUGUUAAAUCUUCCCCCUUGCCUUUACUGGUACCCAGUAUACAUAUGUUCAUGCCCUAAGUUGUAAUAAUUAAAGUGGUAUUUAUUAUUAGGUACAUAGAAGGCCCAUUAUUGACUGUGAUUGUCAUUAAGGGAUUUCUGUACUGAUGGGAAAUUUUAAAUGCUUUUCUACCUGUGGUUUAUUAUCUCUGGUGGCUAGAGUUUGAAGAGUUAUUAUACAUGAGCUUAUUUUAUGUGCAUAUUUGCAAACAAUUUAGUUAAUGUUUUAAAGAACUCCAUUAUGCUUGCCUUUUUUAAAAAAAUGCACAUGGAUGGUGUUGAUUUUAUAAAAUGUGAAAAUAUAUAUUUCAUCCCCAACUCAAAUCUUCUUGAUGCCACUUUUAAUGUGUAUUGUGCCUUAUAGUAAGUUAUAUAAACAAAAAUGUUAAAAUGUAUAUAAAGUCAUUCC